AUGGGAAAAGCCUCCGGCGUAGUAGUGGUUGACUCAGCGAGUGAAUGGCGGAAAAGAAGGGCAGUGUGCGUGACAGGGGCGGGAGGGUACGUAGCUUCUUGGUUGGUGAAGCUUUUUCUCUCUAAUGGUUACUCCAUCCAUGGAACUGUCAGAGAUCCUCAUGAUGAGAAAAAUUCUCAUUUGAAAAAACUUGAAAAAGCAUCCGACAAGCUUAAACUCUUCAAGGUGGACCUGCUGGAUUACAACUCUCUUUCUGCAGCCAUCACGGGGUGUGUCGGAGUGUUCCAUGUCACCAGUCCAGUUCCCCCCGGCAGCUUGCCAGAUCCGGAGGUGCAACUAAUUGAGCCUGCUGUGAAGGGUACUCUUAAUGUACUCAAGGCAUGUUCUGAAGCAAAUGUCAAACGAGUGGUGGUUGUAUCUUCUGGAGCUGCUGUUUCCUUGAACCCUGAAUGGCCCAAGGGUCAAGUGAAGGACGAGACUUGUUGGUCUGAUGCGGAAUACUGUAGAAGAACUAAUGUUCUGUAA